GCGUUUCGAUAGUGGUUCCGGUUCCCAUUACCGUUACCGUUUCACUUCGACUUCGACGUCAACUGCGAUUGCAACCUGCGAUUGCGAUUGCUACUGCCACUGCGCAUGCGCGCCGGACUCUGAAUCGGUGGAAAAACAACGCCUAUUUUUGGUUUCGGUUCCGCCGGGAAGGCGAAGGAGUACCGUACCGGCUAUAGCAUUGCCAGCGCCGGAGCGGCUCAGUCCAGACCAGACGGUGAUGCCUUUGGGUCUGGCCCACGUGAACCAGUUGCUUCACUAGUUUCCACACACAUCCACGUGCGGUUCGUCCAGCUUCGGUCCGGGAUGCCCUACAAUCUGUGGCUGCGUCGGCGACUCCAGCUGCUGGCCUCGAUGCUGCUCUGCGCCCUGCUCGGCUACCUCACCUCAUCGGCGGCCAAGCCAACGCUGUCGUUCAGCCUGCCUCAGGGACUCCAGGGUUUUCCCUCGUUUCAAUCGUUCACCCAGCAAAUCCUCGAGCAGCGGAGCGUGCGGCAAAUGAAGACGUACAGCGGGAAGCGGCUGAGCAACGAUUCGCUCAUUAUGAUAUACUAUCACGAUCUGACCAUAGCCGUAACGGAGCUGGGCCCACAGAAGCUACUGUUGGGCUGCGAACUGAUCGAAAUCUACAACGACAAAGAGGGAAAGAUGCUGCUGGAGGGACUCGCCCACUAUAAUCGUCCUUUGGAGAUCAAGUUCGAUGAGAUGCUCAAGCUGAUGGACCAAUGCGAGCACGUGGACAAGCUGAGCUACGCCUCGCGCCACAAGGGCAAAACGGAGGGUGGCGAAAGGAGCAGCAGCGGUGGUGGUGCCAGCGGUGAUACAGCCUUAGCCAGUGGUACCGAUGGCCUCAAGCUGGCCACCAACAUCUUUCCGCGCAGUCCCUUCUCCCUGCUCAGCGGCAUCAUACCAGGCACCAAGUGGUGUGGCACUGGCGACAUUGCGGAGACGUACAGCGAUCUGGGCAGCGAGAUGGCCAUGGAUCGCUGCUGUCGUCAGCACGAUCUCUGCCCGGUGAAGAUCCGUGCUUACCAGCCCAAGUACGACCUGAUGAACGACUCCAUCUACACCAAAUCGCAUUGCAUCUGCGAUGAUAUGCUGUUCAGCUGCCUGAAGAAGACCAACACCUCGGCCAGCCAGCUGAUGGGCUCCAUUUACUUCAAUCUGGUGCAGGUGCCCUGUCUGGAUGGGCGCAGUAACCAGUACAAGUUCCGGAAGGCCAAGGAGGGCUUCUAGGCGAAGCGAGGAGGUUUUCUAUAUACUUAAGUGGGGGCAGGGGCAUGGGGGGACCGUGGGAGCGCCGGGGUUUCACUGUACAGGACGGCAGAGACGGACUAUUUAUUGGUUGAUUGGCAAACGAUGAGGCCCACUUUUAUUAUUGAUUAUUCUGUUAGGCAUACAGAUAAAUAUAAGUAGAGUUGCAAUCAUUAUCGUUAUACAAAUAAUAAUAAUAAUAAAAUUAAUAUUUUUGGCCAGAAAACAAAUUUGUGAUCAUCUUUAAUCAAGUACUCGAAAUACAAUGUACUAUUUAGUAUCUGA